AUGACUUACAGACGGGCUGACACGCCUUAUACUGCAUCCCCAAGGAGCCAGGCUGGUCCUUAUUAUAACCCAGGUUACGCUCAACCUCCCUUGUACCCAAGAAGCUGGAAUGGCACGCCACGGACAGGUUGGAACCGCCAGGUUCCUCGCUAUCGUCGGUAUAGUAGUCCACAGGUAUUCACGCGGCCUAUUCUAUCUUACCCUACGGCCUCUCCUGUGCAUCGCAAUCGUCGGCAGGGCGGGACGUGGACGGACUGGCGCCAGAAUCCGCACCUACAGCCGCCCCCUACGCCAAAAUUAUUGCCUGCAUCGCUCCACUACCACUCCCCCGAUAGGUACAGCGUUCCAGCCUCUCCGAGAGGGAUUCCACGGGUGGUUCCAGGUGUUUCACAGGAGAACGUCUUUAGUGAGAUCAUGAAUGGGGCGUUUGACUUGGAGAAAUCCCCCACGUCUCUGGGGCAAAAGUUGGCGAAUAUCGAUAUCAAGCCCCCUUCAGACUGGUUAUUGCAGCAAUCAAAUCCCUUUGGAACCCAGAACCAACAGCAAAGGAAGCGGGCGGCCUCUUCUCAGAUCACACCUCCAGCGGAGACAUAUAAGAAGGCCAACUCUUCCUCUUCUGAUCGAAGCAACCGUACUGAACCUGCUUUGGCUGAGCUGAGCUAUAAAACCGAUACCCUGGGCCCAGGGGAGCCUGGACUAUCCACUCUCGUCCAUCUGAUACAACAGAAUACAAAGCAGUCAGCCGAGUUAAAAAACCUCCUGCUUGCAUACUUGCACCAGAAAGAAGGGGGGACGAACAGCCACCAAGUUAGCAUUUCUGGCUCUGACACGGCGCGGCAGUCCACCGAUGAGAACGAUCGCAUGCUAAGCCCUGGCCCUCAUGUUGCAAAUGGAGGUGGUGAAAGUCCUGACCCUCCACAUGGUAGUAAGGGCAUUUUCAGGGGGCACAUGAUAGACUGUGUCGGUGUCGAGUCAGCCUCAGACUCAAGAUCUAACUCAGAGGAGGAAAGAAGCUCUACCAAGGCAACCUCAGUUGAGGCAGUAUCUUUCGAUAAUGAGGGUUCUCCCAAAGAUCCGCAAGAAAAAUCUCCCAGUAAUACCAUCAAUACGCACCAUCACCUUUCUAGCUUCCAGGAUCCCGUCUUAUCCAGGGAUUUUGAUGAGCGGUUAAACCGCUUUGAACGACCUCCCAGGAGAGAGCACAUCGUUUCUACGGAAGCUGAUAACCGUCGUACAUUAUGGCGCCAAAAAAGCCUAAAUCUUUGCGGCCGCGCCCCUUCACCAGGUGGUAGUCCAUCUGGAAAGCAAGUUGAAUUUGAUCUAGUCCUGAAAUCUCCAGCUCCGGGGAGCCCGCAUAGCUCGUCUACCGACAGCGAGAGACACGUACGGACUUUGCCAAACCCGCCUGAUAGGCACUCAUCUAGGUCCUCAUCAGAAAUUUCGAGCCCUGAAUCUCCUUCCUUGCUCAGAUCACAGGUCGUCAACCGAUGUGUACCCUCAGAAUUUGUAUUGCCCUAUCAGAAUCCUGCCCGUGACCGUUCUUGCGAGUCUUGGGGUAGCAGCCCACGAUCUCCGUGA